AGUUUUGUAAUUAACAUAUAUUUAAUACUUCUAAUUAGCAUCCAAACAUCCGAUGUGACGGGUGAUAAAUUUUAGUGGGGUGUAUCCAAACACCCCCUUACCCUGCCUGACUGCCCAGCAUAUAUGAGUAGGAAACGGGACAAAACAAAAUGGCUUGUCCUGUCGAACAGGCUACAGACCACAGUCGAUCUCCGUUUAGUCGCGACGCGUUUCGUGCUUUUCGUUAGUGGGUUCCAGCUUCCACUGACUGAUGUGAAACCGCUAAGCAAGGUCGCUGAUGUCCGCACUUGCCUGCAACAACAGCUGAGAAGUCAAUAAUCCACACCUCCGGUGGGAGAGGACGACGGCGUCGAUGGCAGUUGAGGUCGUUCAGUUCCUGGUCAGGAAGUUCGUGGAUAGCCUCACGGAGGAGGCGGUGGUGGCCGCGGAGCUCCCUUUCAGCGCCCAAUUCCACGACAUGAGGGGCGAGCUGGAGAAGGCGGCCGUCUCUCCCGCCAACGCCGAUGAGCUCCGGGAGUGCCUCUACGAACUCAACGACUUGCUCGCCGAGUGCCGCAUGCUCACCAACCGCCCGAACCGGCGGAGGUUCUUCACCCAGCCCGACGCAUGGCGGUUCUCCAAGACCAAGAAGAGGGUGGCCGCGGUCAGGCGCAGAGUCCUCCAGUGCGUCGGCAACAACUCCGACGGCAACGCUGCGGCGUCGGAGGAGGACGGCGCCGCCGUCACCGCGGGGUUGGACCGCUGGACGACGUCUUGGCUCGAGCGUAGCAGGAUCCACGGCUUCGACCAGCAGCUCACGGAGCUGGAGUCCAUGGCGUUCAGGGACUGCGGCGCGGGGAGGCUUAACGGCGUUGGCAUCUUCGGCAUGGGCGGCAGCGGCAAGACCGCGCUCGCGCAGCUCCUGUUCAGCAGCCCGCGCGCUCGAGGCCGCUUCUUCCCCAGGAUAUGGAUGUGCAUGUCCCGCACCGCCUGCGCCGGAGCAGACAGGCGCAAGGAAGUUUUGCAGGGCAUCCUCAUGGCUCUUGGAAACGAGGAGGAUGCCAUCCUGUCCAUGGACGGCAGCAAUAGCCUGGCAGAGCUGGUGGUCGCCGUCCACGAACAGCUCAAGGGGAAGAGGUAUCUCAUAGUGUUCGACGACGUGUGGCACGUCAACCGCUGGUACGCCGACGUUGUUGGCGGCCACCAAGCCCCGCAGAGAGCCGAUGACUGGUCGGAACGUUUGGCGUUCGGGCUGCCCAAAGAUAGAGGCGGUCUGGUGAUCGUCACCAGCCGGCUGGAGCAGGCGGCAGAGGCGAUGGUGGGGAAGAGCUGUUUGCACCGUGUGCGGCCAUUGACGGACACCGAGAGCUGCUGGGAAAUUUUCAUGGAUGCCCUCUCCCAGGAGAAAGGGACGGUCGACCUCGCCACUGUUAACAGCAUGAAACAGGAGAUCCUUCAGACCUGCGGCGGGCUCCCGUUGGCGGCCAAGACAAUGGGAGACAUCUUGGCAAGAAGCAGCUUCUCGUCGCCAGCAUCAACAUCUACGAGCCAGGAACUCAUUCAUCAAGAGUGACCGCAUCAUCACUGGUAACGGCGCAAGUCUGAAAUAGGCAAAGCAUCUGUAUAAUAGAUCCAGUGGUAUCUGGUACUAGUGACUUCAAGUGUUCAUUCAGAAUGAAACAGUAUUCUUUGCUA